AAGGUUUUUUUUUCCUUUCCAAAACAUCACAAACACUUCGCAUCAGCAAAUCAAAAUACGAUCGCUGAAAAUUAAAAAUUCUUCGAGUCGGUCUUUGUUAUUCGCGAAAAAAAGAAAAGCAAUCUUCGAGGUUUGAUAUUUUUUGUUCAAAUUCCGUAGAUCCUGCUGGGGAAUUGCGAUGCUUGCAAGUGCAAUGUGAAAUUCAUCUUCCAAUUCUGCUAGAAUUGUGCGAAGCGACAUUUUAGUGUUUAGUGAAGUUCAAUGUAUUUUCCUCUGAAGGUUCGUCCCUUGUCCUAGUUCCUGUGGUGGCUCUGAAUUUGCGACUUUUAUCGCUGGAUAAUUACUGCUAGCUUGAAAAUAUUAUAAUCUAAUACAGCAAUAUGCCCCUCUUGUACAGCGUGAUAACGCGAGGCCCCACGGUGCUGGCGAAGUAUGCCGAGUGCGUGGGAAAUUUCGCCGAGGUGACAGAGCAGAUCAUACCGAAGAUUAAGCUGGAGGAUCACAAAUUGACCUAUUCGCACGGCAAUUACCUGAUCCACUAUAUCUGCGAAAAUAGGAUCAUCUACAUGUGUAUAACGGACGAUGGCUUCGAACGAUCGCGGGCCUUCCUGUUCCUGGCGGAAAUCAAGAAGCGAUUCAUCCAAACCUACGGCCUCACGGUGGCGACGGCGAUUGCGUACGCCAUGAAUACCGAAUUCUCUCGAACGCUGGCUAACGAGAUGAAGCACUUUAGCGAAUCGCGGGAUAUCGACGCCAUCAGCCGGGUGCACGGACACAUCGACGAACUGAAGGACAUCAUGGUGAAGAACAUCGAGAACAUCACGAACCGGGGCGAGCGGCUGGAGCUGCUCGUAAAUCAGACAGAGAAUUUGAGAAAUAAUUCGGUAACAUUCCGCCAGACAUCCCGCAACCUGGCCCGCACCAUGUUCUGGCGCAGUGUUCGAAUGUACUGCGUAAUUGCGGCGAUUCUUCUGUUUGUGGUCUACAUCGUGGUCAGCAUGACCUGUGGCGGUUUGUUGUGGCAGAGCUGUAUACACCACGGAGGUACCAAGGCACCGACAACUCCGACAACUGUUCUGCCAUUCGCGGAUCUCGCGCCUGGUUUGUAGGCAUGGAAAGCUUAAAACAAUGGACCAUAGAUGGAACAGACGUUGUCCGAAGGGCAACACAUCUCGAUGAGUGAUGAAAAGACUAUAAAGAACUUUGGAAAGCUAAAAUAAUAAUUUGAAAUUCCAAUUUUUUGUUUGUUGUAUUUUUCGAAGAAGUUGUCGAACUCGAAGGAAGAGUAAGAUUGGAAAAGAAUGAUAUUUUAAUUCACAAUCUACUCAUAUAGAUCUGGUGGUCAGUAUGCAAGGAAGAUUGUCCUUAUCAGCUUCGCUGAACUAUCUUUCGUCGCUCUCCCCCCUCCCCAUAUGUAACCUAGAAUAUGAUAAAGAAUAUAUACAACACGUUAUCACAUUACAUUAAAAAACA